AUGGCGUUGGACGCGGACGUGGACGGCAUUGAUACCAAGCCUGCUGACAUUCUCAAUGAGGAUGUCGUCUUGCCCGAGAGUCGCGCAGAGGCAGCCUUGGAUCCAGAGUCCGACGAAGACAUUCCCAUUGAAGCCGAGGAGCUGCAAGAGGCUCUAGGUCGUCCUCCGCCGGUGAACAGUGACUACCUUCCACUUCCCUGGAAGGGUCGCCUGGGUUAUGCUUGUCUGAACACUUACCUGCGAUACUCAACUCCUCCCGUUUUCUGCUCCCGAACAUGUCGCAUUGCUUCCAUCAUUGAGAAUCGACACCCAUUACAAGAUCCAGACCAGCCUGCGCAUGCGACGAAAAACCGCCCCAAUCGUGAUCAACCAGCUGAACUAGCGCGUGGACAAGCAUUUGUGGAAGCGCUGGGGUUGGCGAACGCGCGUGACCUUCUCAAGCUGAUACGUUGGAACGACAAAUAUGGCAUCAAGUUCAUGCGACUCAGCAGUGAGAUGUUUCCAUUUGCUAGCCACAAAGAGUAUGGUUACAAGUUGGCUCCAUUUGCGGCCGAGGUUCUGGAAGAGGCUGGACGAAUAGUUGCGGAGCUCGGUCACCGUGUAUCGGUUCAUCCCGGCCAAUUCACCCAGCUGGGCUCUCCCAGAAAAGAAGUGAUAGAAAGCUCCUACCGAGACCUUGCAUACCACUCGGAGAUGCUGCAGCUGCUUAAAUUGCCUCCCCAACAAGACCGCGAUGCUGUUAUGAUUCUACACAUGGGCGGCGUCUUUGGUGAUAAAGCUGCUACAUUGGACCGUUUCCGGGAAAACUAUGCAUCAUUGUCGCAGGAUAUCAAGAAUCGCCUGGUACUCGAGAAUGACGAUGUUAGCUGGACCGUACACGAUUUACUGCCCAUUUGCGAAGAGUUGAACAUUCCUCUGGUACUUGACUAUCAUCACCACAAUAUCAUGUUUGAUCCAAAUGAGGUUCGUGAGGGUACGCAGGAUAUAAUUUCUCUCUAUGACCGCAUUGCAGCCACUUGGUCCCGAAAGAACGUCACCCAGAAAAUGCAUUAUUCUGAACAAACCGCCCCGGCAAUUACGCGCCGCCAACGGCGCAAACAUAGCGACCGGGUCGCCACUCUGCCGCCUUGCUCACCCACCAUGGAUCUCAUGAUCGAAGCCAAGGACAAGGAGCAAGCGGUCUUUGAGUUGAUGAGAACAUUCAAACUGCCAGGCCAUGACCUGUUCAACGACAUCAUCCCGUACAUGCGGACGGAUGAAAACAAGCCAUUCAAGCCCCCCGCGCGCGAAAAAGAAGAACGACAGCUUCGUUGA